AUGGAUACAUACGAUACGAUAGCCAAUCAGCCGGUCGUUAUCGACAAUGGUUCGGGUGUGAUCAAGGCCGGUUUUGCCGGCGACCAGACGCCGAAAUGUCAUUUUGCAAAUUUUGUCGGACGACCGAAGCACAUCAGAGUGAUGGCUGGCGCCCUCGAAGGCGACUUAUUUAUUGGACCCAAAGCGCAAGAAUACAGGGGCUUAUUAGCACUGAAAUACCCAAUGGAGCAUGGCAUAGUUACCGACUGGAACGAUAUGGAACGAGUGUGGCAGCACAUCUACAGCAAGGAUCAAUUACAGGUUUUCCCAGAAGAGCAUCCUGUACUGCUUACUGAAGCGCCGUUGAAUCCGCUGAAAAAUCGUGAAAAAUCUGCAGAAAUAUUUUUUGAAACGUUUAAUGUGCCGGCGCUGCACAUUCAAAUGCAGGCCGUCCUCUCACUCUAUUCAACGGGUCGCACCACCGGCGUUGUUAUUGACUCGGGCGAUGGCGUAACGCAUGUGGUACCGAUCUUCGAAGGCUUUGCAAUACAACAUGGAAUUGAACGAAUGGAUGUGGCGGGGCGUGAUGUGACGAGAUAUCUUCGUCUACUGCUUCGCAAAGAGGGCGCGAAUUUUCAUCGCUCAUCCGAAUUUGAAAUUGUACGCGAAAUCAAAGAAAACGUGUGUUACAUUGCAGCAAAUGCUGACAAAGAAGAGGGCAGCGAAAACGAAAAGAAAGCAUACAAGCUUCCCGAUGGUUCAGUGCUUGAAAUCGGUCCUGCGAGAUUCCGUGCUGCCGAGGUGCUGUUUCGACCGGACAUCAUUGGUGAAGAAUGGCCUGGUAUUUCAGCAGCUCUUGAUAUGUCCAUAAGGACGCGUCGACUGGCACCAAAGGAUGUGAAAAUUCGGAUAUCUGCGCCGCAGGAACGAUUAUAUGGCACAUGGAUUGGAGGAUCCAUUUUGGCCAGUCUUGACACAUUCAAGAAAAUGUGGGUUAGCAAGAAAGAGUAUGAGGACGAAGGAAAGAAAGUCUUACACAGGAAGACAUUCUGA